CACUUACAGUUGCUUACUCCGAACUUUAAAUCCUACCUUCUCCUUUGGACUCGCAUCCGCUCCUUCAGAUACCGGGCACGAAGAUACCAUCCCGUCCACGUGACUCUCCUGAAGGGAUGUUUCGUUUCAGCCACAGGGGUUCGUCCCGUCCCUCCUUACUUCCUUCUUGCCUUCUAGAAGCCAGCCUUUUCCCCUCCUACUUUAUUCAUCAAGCAAAAUAAUGAACAGCUCAACAAUCCGUCGUUUAGUCCAAGGGACCAAAACCCGGAUCAAAGCAGCCAACACACCUCGAGACGAUAUUCUGAAAGCUGUUGAAUAUCAAAAACUUCUGAGCCUCGUAGAUGAACUUGACUUUUUGUUAGCGAGUUUGGCUGAGAUGGAUGUUUAUGCGAUGAAGGAUUUUGAGGCGAUUGCUGGAGUCAAAGAGCAGAGGAAAGGUUUGGCGGAGGUAUUGAGAAGAUUGUUGUCUGAUAGUGCGCAUGCGAAUAGCGAUGGGCGAGCGAUCAACAGGUGGCGUUAUAAGAAAAAGUUACAUGCUGUUUCCAAGGAGCUUGUGAGGGGUGUUGAAGGUGAUGUUUUGAGGUUAAGGGAAGUGUGCUCGAGAGCCUCUGAACCUGCUUCGUUCUCGACGGCUGUUGAAAAUAACCAGACCGAAAACUCGAUCUAUCACAGAACAGUAGAAACGCCACCGCCGAAUUACUUCGAUACUUCCGUCCGCAACCCAAGACCAGAAACCUCAGUCGAGCUCCCCACCACAGCCCAAUCUCCUACCAUCAUUCCACCAUCCCAUCCUCCCACCACCAACUCCAACAUUGCAAUCUCCUCAACCACCACCCACCCCCGAGGCUGCAUCCUCAUUCUCUCUCUAGUAGCAACAUUCGUCCUCUUCAGCUGUAUCUCCGGCCUCUACUUCACUCUAAACAAAAGCCUGGGAUACAGUAUGGGAGAUGCAUUUACGCUCGCAGGAUACAUCAUUGCAGUUGGGACUCUGGUCUCCAGUGCUGCGUUGGCGAGGCAUUGGCCUAGUUGUCGGUGUUGGAAGGGGAAGGAUAGAGCAUGUGGAGAGGUGGGGGAUGGUUGAGGAUCGAGAGGUCGGAAGUGAAGUUUCGGGAGGUGGGCGAAGUUUGGAAAAGGGGUUGGAAGGCGAUGUUCGGCUGCUCGGUGUGUGCUUAUUCUUCAUUUCUAGUCAAGC